AUGACGCUCUUCACCUCAGCUCGCAUUGCACGACGCCAUGUGUCCGGACUGGCUACAGCCACGGCAAGGAGCAAGCACACCCUGCCACAGCUGUCGUACGAGUACAAAGACCUCGAGCCUGCAAUCUCUGGGCAGAUCAUGGAGCUGCAUCACUCCAAGCACCACGCAACGUAUGUAGCCGGACUGAAUGCAGCAGAGGAGAACUAUGCCACUGCGCUGAAGGAGCAAGACGUACGCAAGCAGAUCAACCUGCAAGCCGCUCUCAAAUUCAACGGCGGCGGUCAUGUCAACCAUACGCUCUUGUGGGAAUCGCUCAAGCCAGAGAAAUCUGGCGGUGGCAAGCUGACUGAAGGUUCGCUCUAUGACGCCGUGACGAAACAGUACGGCUCGCUGGAUGAGCUGAAGAAGAAGAUGAAUGCCGCCGCUGCUGGUAUUCAAGGAUCAGGCUGGGCAUGGCUCGGUGUAGAUCCUACGUCAAAGUCUCUCGUCAUCACCACCACGCCCAACCAGGAUCCUCUGCUCGCAGCGACACCGCUGUUCGGCAUCGAUAUGUGGGAACACGCCUUCUACCUGCAACAUCAGAACCGCAAGCCGAACUAUCUACAGAACAUCUGGCGGGUGAUCAACUUUGAGAAUGCGACGCAGCGCUUCGAAAGCGUCCAUUGA